CUUUACCAGCAGUCUAACUCUUAUCAAUUUCCAAUAUACAUAUCUAUCAACCAUUAUCAAAAACAGCCAUGGCUAACGACGUGACCAAAGAUCCCUCACCCAAAUCUGAUAUUGUGGAGGAUAUUUACUUAUGGAGGAGGAAGAAAUUAGCCUUCUCUAUACUCUCAGUCUCAACAUCGACAUGGAUUUUACUCAACUUUUAUGGUUUCAAUUCCAUAACCAUUGUUUCUUGGAUCGGUAUCGCUGUUGUCUCUAUGGUUUUCCUCUGGGGGAGUUUACUUCGCCUUCUCAGCAAGGUCGAACCGGAGCUGUCAGGGUUAGAAGUGUCGGAGGAGUUUGUAACAGAGACAGUGAGGUCUUGUCGGAUGUUAAUGGAAGAAAUUGUUAGAUGGAUGUUCCGAGUCGGUGCUGAGAGUGAAUGGUUCAUUUUCGCGAGAACCGUUUUAGGUUUUUGGAUCUUGUCAAGAAUUGGAAAGCUUCUCGAAUUCCAAACUUGUCUCUUCAUCGGAUUGGUGAUGGGCUUGACAGUUCCAAAGUUGUGGGAGAAGUAUGGAGUUCAAAUUCAUAAGCAAUUGGGUGACGUUAAAGAGAGAUCAAAAGGAGUGUACGAUACAACUCAUGAGAAGAUUUUAAUGAUGAAGAACAAGUUACAGCAUGGUACAUAUGAUAAAGUGAAAAAAUCAGAGUAGAUGUUUUGUACUUUUUUGUUUUUUUAUGUAAAAUAGUGUAAAACAUAGACGUGUAAACAAAAUUUAAUUUAGUAGAUUCUACCGUUUUCACCGCAGAAACAAAUGAGGAAACGAAAAUUGCAAUAAGAUUUUGGCGUAUAUUUUUGUA